AUGACCCCCGUGAAAUCGGGUACAGGCGGAGCGCGGGACUGCGACCACUGGCACGAGGGCGCAGGCUUCGUGACCGCGCACAUCGCCAUCAGUCUCAUGUACGAGCAGGCGUUGCAGGCGGUGAACCCGUCCAUCGCGCUGCCCUACUGGGACGUGACGAUCGAGGGAACCUAUUACGACUGGAACGACUUCCGCACGAGCUCAGUCUUCUCAGACGAUUGGUUCGGCGAUGCCGCUCCUGGAAACACUGCUAGAACGCUGACCCAGGGGAGGUUCGCGUACGUCCCCGUCAUGACCGACGCCCGCGAGUACUCCGCGCAGUACAACUCCUACGGACUGCUUCGGUCUGCGUGGAACAACGACCGNUGCGAUUUUCGUCGUUGGGAACGUACGGUCGAUCGGGGGUGAGGAUGGGGCACCGAUGCAGGAGAGUGCUGCGUGACUUUCCUUUUACAAUUCACAAGCUUCCUCGCCGCAAAAGAAUGUACUGUACAAUUUCGGAAUCAAGCACCCGAGCAAGUUUGGCUCGUAUGGGAGGCGAUGUUCGAGAUAAAUUCUUUUCUCCACCAGCCAAACAACAAGAUGAGAACUAGACGAUUUUCACGCAGUGGUUCUUAGAGGGUUGUAGCUCGUGGAGGCGUGAACAGGGAGCAGGCUGGUGAUAAUAAGUGCGGUGCGCCAUAAGGGGGACGACCGGCUUCCGUCUGGUUGUAAUCCAUGCAUGUGUAGGACGUGUCCCGCUCCGUCUUCCUCCCUCCACCCCCUCCUCCUUUCGGGUUCUUUGCUGUCAAGGGUUGGGUUUAAAGAGACACAGGUCUCUCUCAGUGGGUGUCGAAUCACUACAUUUUUUGCGCAG